AUGGCGACGACCGUGACCACCACAGAUGCCACGACAGCGAUUCCUCCCAGCCAGUCCCUCUACCUGCAAAAUCUUCCCGAAAAGCUUCAGAAACACGACCUGAAGCGAAACCUCUACAUGCUUUUCUCAACCUAUGGCCCCGUUCUCGACGUCACAGCCGUGAAGACCUCGAAGAUGCGAGGUCAAGCGCACGUUCUGUUUCGAGACGCCAAUACCGCUACCCAGGCGAUGCGACACACACAAGGAAUGGAUUUCUUCGGGAGAGAAUUGAAAGUAACCUACGCCAAAACUCGCUCUCAGACCCUUGCGAAACUCACAGGCACAUUCCACGACGAACAACAAACUGCAAAGGAUGCUGCUACUGCAAAGACAUCAGCAACGGGGGCACCUUCUUCCCUGCCUGCUCCCCCCGGCGGCCUGCCUGCUCCUCCUGGCGGCCUGCCUGCUCCUCCCGGCGGCCUACCUGCUCCUCCCGGCGGCCUGCCUCCUCCACCUGGCUUGCCCCAAAAGGUCAACGGAGAAGCGAUGCCCAAACCGCCAGGACUGGCAGUCACAAAGGAUGGGGCGGAGAAUGCGCCCAGUCCCGCUGUGUCGAUUGGGCAAAAGAGGCAGAGAGAUGAGAGUGAGGACGAAGCAGAGGGAGGAGACGACGCACCGAUGGAGGAGGAUAGUGACGGAGGAGAUAUGGAUAUGAGUGACAGUGACUGA